AUGGCCCCAGAACACGACGUCUUCCGCCGAGUCGGUCGGGGCGGGGCCGGCAACUACGUCCCCGCCGCCGACGCGGACCGGAGCUCAAAGGACCUUGAAGCCCAGCAACAGCAACAACAAGUCGACACCACGGCGGCGGCGGCGGCGGUGGGGACAUCGGGCCACGGAGCUGCCGCCCCCGCCGCCCGGCGCGCGGGUCGCGGCGGGGCGGGCAACUACGUCGAGGCGGAGCGCCUCCCCUCGGCGCGCGAGAAGGAGGAGGACCUGGCCGGCGAGGUGAAGGCGGCCGUGGCCUCGAGCCUCGAGCGCAAGGGCGGGGCGGGGGCCGCGUCGUCGCGGGGCAUGGGCGGGCGUGGCGGCGCGGGCAACUGGAACACGGAGAGCGGGCAGGAGGAUAGGGAGAGGGAAGAGGAGGAGGGAGAGGGGGGGAAAGUACAGGAGCUCGAGCGCAAGGUCAAGGAGGCGGUGGACAAGGGGCUGCGGAUGCCGGACAAGGUGCAUCAUGGGAGGGAUAAGGGAAGCGGCAGCAGCUGA